AUGGCUAAUUCAAACUCGGAUAAUACCAUCGAAAAUAUCCUCGCAAUAGGAUCUUCCAUGAGUAACAUAAUUGACGAAGUGGAUAACUGGCUGAGCUUGAUUCGCAAUCGCGGUUACUCGACUGCAGCUUCAAACAUAAUCAAUACCCAUAACCAGACUAAUCACCAAAAUAUGCAGAGCGAGGAUAGCUAUGUUGUCGAUGAAGAAGCAGACAGUGUUGUCGGUCGCAAUAACUCAUCCGAAAGGCAUAUCGGAUUGUUAGCAUCGUCACCGGAGCCGGAUAAUAAUAUAACCAGUGAUUCAGCCAGCGAUUCUACUGUAUCCUACGUGCUGUUUGAAACAGAUUCUAAUAUUGAGAGUCCACAAGAUGAGUCGCAGCAAUCGACGGUGGUUCUUAGUUGCCCGAUAUGUUUCGAAUCGUUAGCUAGUCGUCCAGCCCUAUCGACUUUUUGUGGGCAUAUUUUUUGCAAACAGUGCCUCACCUAUUCUUUGCACAUGAAAAAAAAGUGCCCAUUGUGCAAGAAAGCCAUUACAAAACCGUAUCAAACACAUCCUAUAUAUUUUAAUACAGCGUAA